AUGGCUGAUCGCGGCCGCGGUCGUGGUGAUUUCAGAGGCCGUGGACGCGGCGAUGGCGGCGGAGGUCGAGGACGAGGAGGCUACGAAGGUGGUGGUGGUGACAGAGGCAGAGGGGGGUUUCGCGGUGAUUUCCGCGGCGGUGACAGAGGUGGCUUCCGUGGCGGCGACAGAGGUGGCUUCCGUGGUGGCCGAGGAGGCUUUGAAGGCCCAAAAGUCUUUGGCAGCGGCACCAGCAUCCCUCAGCCUGAUGCCGAAGUCACCAAACUAGAGAAUGCCAUGGUCAAAGGCGACCUCAGCUCUGCACUAGCUGCGUCAUCCCUCGAAAUUAAACUGCCAGCCCGACCUGCGUAUGGUGUGAACGGCAAAGCGAUCGUUCUUUACACGAACUACUUCGAGCUGAAGGGCAUCAGUGCCGAGACCGAACUGUACAGGUACUCACUUGCGUUCCAGCCUGACAAUCAGCUCCCAAAGCCAAAGAAGAAGCGCUUGGUGGAGCUUCUGUUACAAAUGCCUCCAUUCGCUGGGCUUCCGAUUGCCAGUGACUGGGCUCAGAUUCUGGUCACCCCAAAGAAGAUUGCGCUAGAGGACAAGCGUGCAUCCUACAAGCUCGAGUGGUACCCAGCGGAUGGAGAACCACUACCUGCUCAAGCAGCAGACGAGCCAGAUCGCGUGAAACUGGCACGCAGAAAGAAUACACAUACAGCACUGGUAGAAGACAUUGGUACUGUGUCUGUCAAGGAUCUUUUGAAAGACUUGACCCAACCUACUUCGAACUAUCCGCUCAAGUUGGAGACCAUUCAGGCCUUGAACGUCAUCAUGGCACAUGGCCCGAGCAGCGACCGCAAUAUUGCAACAGCUAGCGGCAACAAGUUCUACCCCUUUGGCAAGCAUCCACAACUCCAAGUCGCACCCCUUGGAGGUGGCCUAGAGGCGAUACGCGGGUACUUCUCCAGUGUUCGCACAAGCGUCAAUCGUAUCUUGGUGAACGUAAACGUUGCAACAGGAGCGUUCUACAAGCCAGGCCCGCUACUUGACGUGAUGAAGGACUUCACUGGAGGACCUCCACCACCAAACGCGAUGCAGUACAGGAGGCUGGCCACAUUCGUGCGCAAGCUGCGCUUCGAGACGAACUACAUACCGGAGACCGAGAAAGGUGGGAAGCCAAAAAGAGACAAAAAUGGCAAGCCCGUCACGAAGAGGAAAGUCCAUGUGAUUGGUGACCUUUCUCCUUUUGGAAAAAAUGCCACAAAUGUCAAGUUCUCCAAAACAAGCGCAGACGGAUCCGUACAACAGGUGUCAGUUGAAGAGCACUUUAGAACAGCCUACAACAUCAGGCUCUCAGCGGCGCAGGCGCCCUUGGUUAACUACGGCACCAUGAAAGAUGCGAAAUGGAUUCCGGCUGAGCUUUGCUCUGUUCUCCCAGGACAAUUGGCAAAGCGACUAUUGCUCGGUCCCCAGACAAGUGAGAUGAUCCGUUUCGCUGCUCGUCGACCUCACCAGAACGCCGAGUCCAUCACCAGCGAUGGCCUGAAGGUCACAAAGAUACACCCAGUGGCGAAUGGUCUCAAUACAGCCUUGAGUGUCUUCGGAAUCAAGGUGAACCCGAACCUCAUGACCGUUCCUGGUCGAAUCCUUCCGCCGCCACAGUUGCUGUACAGAGCUUCAGCUACGUGUAACCCUAGAAACGGUGCAUGGAAUCUGGAUCCACGCGCUCUUGGUGCGAAGCCGUUCCGCGUGGCCAAGACUUUGGGUUCAUGGAACACGUUGGUUAUCAACUCCGGCAAUCGUGACACCAUCUAUGGAGGCAUGCAAGGCGUUAUGCAGCAUCUCACUGCUUUUCGAGCAACCUUGGAAACUUACGGUUUGAACCCUGGACCCGUUCAGCCCCCUGUCGCGAUGGACGUCAGCUUCAACGACUUGCAGAAUAAGGAUGUUGCCAAAAUCCAGCAGGAAAUUAUGGACACCCUGAGGAAGAAGUUCAAGGCCAAGCCAAAUUUCCUCUUCGUCAUACUACCAAGCGACAAUGCUGUCUUAUAUGACUGCAUCAAGUUCGUAUGCGACUGCAAGCUUGGUGUGCCGAACAUUUGCAAUAUUGGCAGCAAGUUCUCCAAGGAGAAGGGUCAGAUGCAAUACUUCGCCAAUGUGGCGAUGAAGUUCAAUCAGAAACUUGGAGGUGUUAACCACACGGUCGAGCUGAAGAGAAUGGCUCCCUUGGAUCCGCAGACCAUCUUGUUCGGUAUCGAUGUCACUCACCCAUCCCCAGGAAGCUCGGACUCCGCGCCUAGUGUUGCCGGUGUCGUUGCAUCUGUCGAUAGCUUGUUCUCGCAAUUCCCUGCAAGCAUGCGCACCCAACGAGGCCGUCAAGAGAUGGUAGAAGAGUUGGAGGAGAUGAUCGUAGAGCGCCUCAAGCUUUGGCAGAAGCGCAACGGGAACAAGCUUCCCAACAAAGUCAUCGUAUACAGAGACGGAGUUUCGGAGGGUCAGUACCGCAUCGUGCUGGAGUCAGAGUACCCGGCCUUCAAGAAAGCAUUCGACAGGCUGUACGGUGCCGAGAAGAACCAUCCGAAAAUCUCCAUAGUCGUUGUUGGUAAGCGCCAUCACACGCGUUUCUAUCCGACCAAGGAGGAGGACACCGAUGGAAAGACAGGUAACCCACAGCCUGGCACAGUCGUAGACCGUGGUGUCACUGGCGAGAAACUCUUUGACUUCUUCUUGCUUGCGCAUCAAGGAUUGCAGGGUACCUCGAAGCCUGCCCAUUAUGUCGUUCUCAAGGACGACAUCAAGCUUGGCGCCGACCAGCUGCAGAGCCUGACACAUAGCCUGUGCUACACCUUUGCCCGAGCCACUCGCUCUGUCAGCAUAUGUCCGCCAGCGUACUAUGCCGACCUGCUGUGCGAACGUGGCCGCUGUUACUUGCAAGGAGUACUCAAGGGCGACGGAUCUGUCAAUUUCUCUGACACCGAGUGGCAGAGGGACGUCAAUCCAGCUCUUAUGGAGACCAUGUACUACCUCUAG